UUAAAGAAAGGAAGAUGAGAGAGAGGAAGACGAAGACAGAGAGGGCAAUACCUCGACUUUCUCCACAUGUUCUGGACAUUCGCACUGCAGCUCCGAGCAGCAUGGAAAGAAUCAGUGAAUGCUGGAGCCUCGGGGGGUUAGAAGAUCAGAAGCCCUUCUUACUCCACGGCAGCAACAGUGAGCCGAGAACCACCGCCAUUGCCGACAGCAGAUUAGGACUGGUGACUCCUACCAGGAGGCUUCCAUGCUCCCGCUAUAAGGGAGUGGUUCCUCAACCAAAUGGCAAAUGGGGAGCUCAGAUAUACGAGCGGAACCACCGUGUCUGGCUGGGGACGUUUCGCACCGAGGUAGAGGCUGCGGUGGCCUACGACGUCGCCGUCCUCAAGUUCAGAGGCGGCGAGGCCGUCACCAACUUCAGGAUCGUGUGGGAAGACCAGCAUCAGACCUGCUUUCUGGAGGCUCACUCCAAGGAAGAGAUCAUCGACAUGCUCAGGAGGAACACCUACCAUGACGAGCUGGCUGCUGCCGAGGAGAGGGGCGCCGCCGCCGCUGACUCCUUCCCCUCAUCGUCAUGGGCAGGUCGUGAGUCUUGUCCCCGGUUCCUGGAAAAAGAGGAGCUCUUCGAUAAAGUCCUCACGCCCAGCGAUGUGGGGAAGCUCAACAGGCUCGUGAUUCCCAAGCAUCAAGCCGAGGCUUGCUUCCCUCAGCUACUCGAGGGUGAAAGCGACGGGUUGCUACUGAGCUUUGAGGAUGAAUCUGGUCGAGUUUGGAGGAUCAAGUACUGUUACUGGAGUAGCAGCCAGAGCUUCGUCCUAACCAGAGGGUGGAGAGGGUUUGUGAGGGAGAAGGGGCUCAAGGCGGGGGAUGUGAUUACGUUCUUCAGGUCCAAAGGGCUUGAGAACAUGUACUACAUUAACUGGAAAAGUUUGGAAGCCGGCGAACUCCAUCAGACGCCAGAGGAGUGGCCGGAGUGCAGAUCGGUCUUAAAGCACGACCUCCUGCAUCAACAAGGUCAGUCGUUUAGGCUCUUUGGAACUGAUUUAACUGCGCAACAUAUUGAGGCGCUAAGUGUAACUAGCAAUAGCAGUUCUAGUGAUUGAGUCUGUUCGAGGCAAGCAUAGUGGCAGAGUUGCUGACUCAUGUACAGAGAUCACAUUUUGCUUUCUUGCAAACUCUAUAUCCAUAUAUGAUAAGGUUUCUGUCUAUGGA